CGAAAACGGAAGUAGAAUUAAAAAUGUGUUUUAUUUUUUUUUAACAAGCAAUCGGAUUAGAUUAUUUAUUUUAAAAGAUCACAAUCAAAUACGUUUUCCAUUUAAUCGUUGAAGAUGACCCAAACUAAAAAGUAAAUGGUACUCAGCCCACUUGUCAAGAAAUAAACAUUAAAGAUGUAUAGUCGACUCUCAAAUACAAUGACCCCAGCUCAGAAGCUGGAGUUAUUGAAAAAAGAAAUGAUCAGACUUGCCACGGAGAAAGAAACACCACAGACAAAGAACAGAAAUAUCGAAAUUGAGAAUGAGUUUUCUAAACUUCGCCAAGGCAUUUUAGAUCUGGGAAAUGCUUUGAGUGUAACGGAGAAUAGUUCAACGAAAACAGCACAAGCUGGUAGUGGUAGUAAACCAGUGGUUGUGACUCCGAGAAGAAUUGUAAAGGCAAAGACAAAUAAAUCACCUGUUGCUCCUGCUUUUAGUCCUACACGGUUUGUCAGAAGAUUUGGUGAACCCGAGGAAGAUGAAAAACCUAAAAUUUUAACACCAACAGCCAGGACGAUUAUGGCCAGGAUGGAAGCUAAAAAAGCAGAAAAGAAUCCAGCAAAACAAACUAAAGUAUCAACAUUUUUGGAAAGAAAGAACGUUAGCCCUAAUUUGACCAGAAUGGAUAUGCCAUCUGAUGUAGCAUUGUUAAAUUCAAAUGAAAAUACAUCAAAAACAAGGGUGACUGUCACAGAGCAAACAACGUUUACAAAUUUUGAAACAAGACAAGACUAUUCCCAAUCAUCUUCAAGUUUCAAAACAAAUAUACAUAGCCCAUCCCUUUCUAACGUUGAAAUGAAGUCAGACAGGUUGAAAACAGAAAAAUUAACUCCUGCUGCUCGUGCUAUAAGGGAUAAAAUGGAAGCAAAAGCAGACGCUAAAAAGAAAUCUCCUUCAUUACCAACAACACCCACCACUUCACGAAAAGACCUUGGAACUUCGGAAGUCAUGACUCCAACAGCCAGGGCAACGAAAGCUACUUUAGAGGCCGAAAAACGUGAACAGAUGAAAAGAGAUGAGGAUAAGAAAAAGAGACAAGAAAAAUCACAAAGUCCAGUAAAGAUCAUACAAGUUCAAUCACCCAAGCAUGAAGACCCUGGAACUUCAGAAGUCCUAACCCCGACAGCCCGGGCUAUGAAAGCUACUUUAGAGGCCAAAAAAAGUGAACAGAUGAAAAGAGAUGAGGAUAAGAAAAAAAGACAAAAAAAAUCAUCCAGUCCAGUAAAGAUCAUACGAGUUCAAUCACCCAAGCAAGAAGGUCCUCAAGUUUUGACACCAACCAUGCGAGCCAUACAAGAAACUAUGGAAGCCAAAAAACGAAAAGAAAAAUCAUCUAGUCCUGUUAAGAUUAUACAAGUUCAGUCACCCAAGCAUGAAGGUUCUCAAGUGUUAACACCGGCCAUGCGAGCAUUACAAGAAAGUAUGGAAGCCAAAAAAGAAAAAGAAAAAUCACCUAGUCACGUUCAGUCAUCCAAACAAGAAGGUUCUCAAGCGUUAAGACCAACCAAGUCUGCAUUACAAAAAGAAAAAGCCUCUAGUACUGUUAAGAUCAUGCAACAUUCAUCGCCAAAGCAAGAAGAAAACAAAAGUGCACAAAUCUUGACUCCAACUGCUCGAGCUGUACAAGAAAGUAUGGAGGCUAAGAGAAAGGAGUCUCCUAGUCCUAAAAUACUUAAACCAACAUUUUCCCUGACAGAAAGGCAAAUCUCUCCAGCAAUAUCAACCCCAGCAUCAUUACCAGAAACUCCCAAAUCUAAAACUUCUAAAAUCUUGAAACCGGUGAAGAAACAAGUGGAGGUUAUUGAAACGACAACAAUAGUCACUCAGACGUAUUCCACAACAGGUUCAUUACCUGAUACUCCAAAAUCAGCAUCAACUAAAGUCAAGUCCUUUGAAGCAUUAGGUAGAUCGCUAUCUCAGAGAUCAACAGGUGUUUCAUUAGAUAAAUCACCAGACACUCCUAGAUCAAAGGCUGUCCAUUUUGCAAAGGUUGAGUCCAUCUCAUUAGAUAAGCCUUUUGUUUCAGAUAAAGUUCUUACUCCUGAAGCUGUUCGUGGGAUUAUUAAACCAGCCCGAUUAACUCGUAGAGCUCUGCAUCCAGAAGCAGAAUCACCCAAACCAAGAAUGUCUCGUCGAAAUCUUGUAAAAUUUGGAGAGAAUACAAUACAUUCUGAUAAUGUGACUAGCGAAGAUGAUAUUGAGGAUGAUGGUGAUGAUGAUUAUGAUGAUAAUGAUGAAGCAUCCGCAAUUUCCCAGAUAUCUGAGAGUAACAAUAAUAACUUUAAUAAAGUGUCUCAAAGAGGCAAAAAGAGACAAAUGAGCAGUAGUGAUGAGAAUGAUAGUGAUAAUGGUGAUGACGCAGAUGGCAAUGAACCUUCAACACCAAUAGUUUCUUGUUCUAAGCGCAGAAGAACCUACGUUACAACUCCUCAUCCAGUGAAAAGAAAAGGACAAUCUUUGAGAGCAACAGUUGAAGAAGAAGAAGCAGAGAAAGAUGAAAAAGAAGAUUCUGAAGAAGAAGAUGAUAAUGAUGGUAAUGAUGCCAUUGAAGUUAGUAAACCAACCAGAAAGAGAGCAGUCAGAAAAUCACCAAAAACCACCAGAAGCAGACGAAUAUCUGCACAGACAAAACCGGUUUGUACUUGUUUUAACAGUCUCAAAAAAAAAGUGGCAUGA